CUCUGACGGCCACGUGCGUCUGUCCGCAGGAUCUCCCAGCUCCGGAGCGCUGCGCUGCCGGCCGCCGCCCUUUUGCUGCUGCUGCUGCUGGCCGGCGCGCCCACCCCCGCCGCUGGCGCCCCCAUGACGCGCCGCUUCCGUCGCCACGUCCCCACACACUCCGCCCCCGACGACGCAGACGUUGACAUGGAUGCCGCCGCCGCCUCCGCCGCCCAGCAGCAGGCGCUCUUCCCCGGCCAGCGCGCGGACAAGCAGCUGCCCUACUUCGCCGCCUACGCGCCCCCCGGCAUGCUGCCCCCGCAAUACUUCGACUACUCGGCGUACCAGGACUCCGGCGACCACAACGAGGUGCUGUCCCGAACGGAGCCCGGCGGCGCGCGCAAACCCGCGCCGUUCCCCGACUCGCCCGUCUACUACAUCCGCAUGCCACCCACGCCGUACGUGUUCGUGCCUGGACUGGGCUACGUGAGCCAGCCGCCCGCGCCGCCGCCCGCCUUCAGCCCGUUCAUCAAUCUGCCCGUGGACUUCGUGGCCAACGGCAAGCCGACCAGCGUGUACUGGCGGCCAGGGACGCGCCCGCCCGCGCCGCCUUCGCAGCAGGACACCCCGGUCACGCAGCUCGACCAGGGGCCCUACGUCUUCAACGGACGCCCCAACGACCUCUUCGUGCUGCGCAACACCUACAACUCGCUCUACAACGACGCCCUUCAGAACAUCUACCCGUAGGCAGGCGAAUCCUGCGUGAACUUGGGGGACCAACGCGGUGCGCCCAGCAGUUCGACAGCCCAUCGCGCGCCAACGUCGAGAUGGUGACAAAGGCGCCUACGCUCAGAAGUGAGAGAUCACUUCUCAGAGAGUGAAAGAAUGUGACUGAUACUUCAUUACCAUCCACUCGUCGACCUUCAAAAUCCUAUUUGUUCUGAGUCAAACCGAAAUAUUUCCUUUGAACCUUUGAAAUGACUUUUACCAAUACCUGCUCAAAUUCGCAGUAUUUGCAACAACGAAAUAUAUGAUUAAUAACCUAGUAAUCUCAAUCUUUCACCAGAAGAGAAGAGAUCGAAUAAUGACCGUAUCGACAGAAAGUGUAACGACAUCCAAUACUCGCUCGUUGAAUUAUGAUUCUAUGAGAUCCUAGAGGAACAGUUUACGUCAACGUCAAGAGCUAUUUCACGUCAUUCUCCCAUGUCUGUGAACACAUUUGGGUAUGCACGUGUUUCCAUACUGAAGUAACCAAUCUACACUGAGAACACGUUAUGUGUGUGAGAUUACUUUUGUGCGACCCAAGACCAAAUUUCAUCCAUGACUUGGGUGGUAUGAACUCAACCACCGUUUCAUACAUUUGUCUGAUAUUAUAUUCUUUAGUCUAAGCAUAUUUUAAAUUAUUUUGAGUCCUAGUACUAUAUUUAGUAUGUAUGUUCUGAGAACAAAUGACAAGCAAACUCAUAACCAACUGCUGUGCAGACACUGACCGAUGUAUUUAUUUUUAAGACCUGAUAUAUUUUUUACAUAUAUUUAUUUAUUCCACGGAAAUUUACUCAUUACACAUUAAAUUUUAAAUGACUAUCCUUUUGUUCAAUGGCAAUACCUACCCUUACCAUUUAAAGGUAACCAAUUCUUUCGGUUUCCCUGGCUGGUAGCUUCUUCGAUAUUAGAUAAUAUAUAUUUCCAGUAUCCCAAACAUUUGACUUUUUUAAUUAAACGUGUACCAAAUAUUAAUAUUUUUACAUUUUCCUCGCGUUACGUCAAUAAUUUAGUACUUUGUCCUCCAGGUAUCAAGUUAAAAUUAGGUAAAACGAUAUUUCUAAAGGCAUGCAACGAACACUUGA